GGUCUGGUCUGUGUCAAGUCUAUGUAUCAACUUCUCAUCCCGCGUACGCGCUCUGGAUACCUUAUUAGCGCAUGCAGGCGUCGCGUCGGACGAAUCGUACGCUGUGACCAUCAUGGUGGUAGCUGACGUGUAUCGCGCGUUCAAGACGGACGCAAGGCCAUCGAACCACGACUUGACUACACGUACACACGCGCGCGCGCUGCGUCGGUACAUAUAACAUACCUAGUAUGAUGGAUGGAGACCAUUCCCCGCGCUGAAGCUUGCCAACAUAUCGUGUCGUUAUCCCUACUCGACCAUGUCUGUUCUUCGUCGAACAAGCCGCCGUCUGCCCAUCGUAACGCGAGCUCGAAGGCGGGCCCGAACGCAACCACGGCGGCCAUUCGGAGUCUCACUGGCCUUCAAGCUCCUCCUGUUGGUAGCAUGCGCACUACUCUGUUCUCCCAUGGCAAACGCGCGAACAGAGGCCGCGGAUCCAACCACGCUAUCCUAUGGCGCCGUCAUUGGCAUAGGUCAAUACAGCCGUGUGGCCGUACAUCAGAACGGCAGCGUACAAGCCAUCCCGAACUCUUUUGGCCAGCGAGCGACGCGCUCCCUCGUUCACUUCGUCGACGGGCUGCCACAGGUAUACGACCCGGUCGACACUCUCCACGACCACAUCUCCGACUUCAAUGUCCUUCUCGGGAGCAAGUACGACGACCCAGACGUGCAACGAGUCAUCGGGCGCUGGCCGUUUCCGGGUUUGGAACGUGAGGGAAAGCCCGUCCUCCGGGUAGAGCAGAACGGGACGAUGCAUGAGUUUACACCAGAAUCCCUCACUGCGACAAUGCUAGCCUCCAUAAAAGCUAGCGCGGAGGCCUAUCUCGGAUCGAGCGUCACUGACGCCGUGCUGACUGUCCCUGCCUACUACAACGACGCCCAGCGCCACGCCAUCAGGUACGCCGCGUCCCUCGCGAACUUGUUCGUUCUCCGAGUGGUGGACGAGCCUGAAGCCGCCGCCAUUGCCUACGGCCUCGACCAGAAGAGCGGGGAAUCUGCUGCGCUUGUGGUCGACCUCGGCGGGGGGUCGUUGGACGUCACCCUGCUUAGCGUGGAUGAUGGUGUCUUCGAGAUCCUAGCGAUCUCGAGUAACUCGGAUGUUGGGGGGCGGGAGUUCGACGAGCGGCUGGUUGGGUAUUGGGUGCAGAAGCAUGCGGCGAUAUGGACAGCCCAGCAGGCGAAGGAGGCGCUCUCAAGCACAGACAAUACCUCCAUCCGCAUCGAGGUCUCGCAAGAUGUUCCUCCGAUCGAAGAAACGUUGACAAGGACCCAGUUCGAGGCGCUCAUGCUCCAAGAAGCAAACAGGACGAAGGAUACUUACAUCCGCCAGCUCGUCACAUCGCACAUGAACAAGGAACCGCUGGUCAUCCCCGGAAUGGAGCCCGACGAAGUGAUCGUGUCUGGGGCGGCAGUUACAGCUGCCAUCAUCUCUGGAAUUGGUUGGAGCGACAACUCAUGCAUAUUGGCCAUGUCCAUUGCGCCUCUCUCUGUUGGCGUUGAGGCAGACGGCGGGCGCACAGUCCCGGUCGUGUCUCGGAACACUGUUCUGCCCACGAGGAGACGAAACCUCGCAGACAAUCAAACGUCUGUCACGAUCAAAGUGUACGAAGGAGAUCACUUCCGCGCGGAGGACAACCACAUCGCGUCCGCGUCGGCUGGCGUCCCGAAGAUCGUGUUGACGCUCGACAUGGACGAGGACGGCGUCUUACAGGUCACCGCGAUGGAUGAGGACAGGCCGACGGAUGAUGAGAUCCAGAGGAUGGUUGAGGAGGCGGAGGAGGGAUCUUGUUCGAUCGAUCGACCUACACCAACCAUCGCCGAGAAAACACCUCCAUGCAGCGACUGCCUAGCCACACGACCAGUGGACGUACCUCCACAAUCGUUGGAUUCCCGGGCCCACCACAUCAUGUUCAUGAUGAAGCUGUGUGAGAAACUAGACAAUCUGUGGUACGCGGUGAGGGAUCUCUUCGCCCGUGCUGACGAUACGAACUCUGCGGAAGAAGUCGUCCCUCGUUUGAAUAUCCUGCACUGGCAUCCUCAACGGUUAUGAUCAACACAGCAAAUUGAGACAUCACUAGUAUUACAUAUCGAGAGACACACUACAUCUUUGGCUACAGUCCUACAUGAAUGAAAGGAACCCAGGCAAGUAGAGCAGCAUCAUUGUCCAUGGUCCCAAUCUCCUCCCUAAGCCUAUUCACAGCCAUAUGGAGAGCCAAUGCAGACAUGGUACCUUGAGGUCUCUGAUCCUUGCACAGGUAAGAAUACACCCCAUUUGUGACGACUGGGGCAUCCUCAUCCCUGAUUGACCACAUGGUAGCAAUGACAGAUUUGAAUCCAGCAAACAGCAUGCCAGCUGCUAGAUGAACUGCUUCCUCUGAGAGCUCAGGUGUACCAGUAGCUGUCUGACAAGCUGAGAGAAAUGCAAGCUCAGCAUGUGGUAU